CGCGACCCGUCCCAGGUCACGCAGCCGGCGUGGAGUGUGUCCGGACGCGGAGCGCUGGAGGGGACCGGGCAGCCCGAUGGCUUCUUACCUGUGCCUGUGGCCUGAGGGUCAGGCACGAGGCCGAGCCGGGGCGAGGAGAGGAGACCGCACGGGCCCCGGGGCCUGGGUCGCUCCCGAAGCCGAGCUCCCCGGAGCAACCCGCCCCGACUGGACCCACUAGCCCACUGGGCGCAGAAGCCGCGCGUUGGCAUUCACCGGCCCCCAGCCCCGGGCGGGCACCGAGCCCCCUCCCUCGGAAUCGGUCCAGGGACGCCCGGGUGCCCGGGCCGCCGGCGGUGGCUCUGGAGCUGCUGUCCAGGUGCCGCCUCCUCCAAGUAGCCCUCAGGAGCCCACGCCUAUAGGGGCGCCCGGGCUCCCUCAGCUCGGCCAUGGCCCCCCCGCCGCCGUGCGGACCUCCGAGGUCGCCGCCGCCGCGGCUGCUGCUGCUGCUGCUGCUGCUGAGCGCCGCGCUGCUGGGCGCCCAGGCCCACGCCGAGCCCACCGCCGGGAGCGCAGUCCCCGCUCAGAGCCGCCCGUGCGUGGACUGCCACGCCUUCGAGUUCAUGCAGCGCGCUCUGCAGGACCUGCGCAAGACGGCCUACAGCCUGGACGCACGGACGGAGAGCCUCCUGUUGCAGGCCGAGCGCCGGGCCCUGUGUGCCUGCUGGCCGGCCGGGCACUGAGCACCCGCACCAGCACGUGCCCAACCAAUAAAGGCCUGGUCCCCA